AUGUCCAAUAUGUUUGAAUUCAUCAAAAUUCCAAGAAUUUUGCUUUCGAUUAUGGCAAUUUAUCCUACUACAGAGUUUUCAUUAGUUUACAGAAUUCGUACCAUUAUUUCAAUGGGCACCCUGUUUGCAUUGGUCUUAUGCUUGAGCUACGAAGUAGCCCUUCAAGUAGGCAACUUCGUUAAGCUUUCCGAAAGCCUUUACCUGCACAUAACAAUUUUCAAUAGUUUUUUCAAGUUUGUGAUUAUGACUUACAAGCGAGAAGAGUUUUUCAAGUGCAUCGACAUGCUUGAAACUCCUAGUUUUGUCGCUUACAACGACCAAUACAAUUCGGUUUUGAGGCAAUUGAAGAAAUUUUGUGUUGGCAUUCAAGCUACUUGUUUUAUCCAGUUAAACAUUGCUUUGUUUUGUUUAGCUGUUUACCCUAUUUGGGAAUCAAAUAAACCUUUACCAGUAGAAUUUAAAUAUUUUAAUUCAGGCAUGUUCUAUUAUCCUUUUUACAUGUUUGAAGUUAUUGGGGAAUACAUUUGUGGCUAUACUAAUCUUUCUUUGGAUUUGCUUUCUGUGGGUUUCCUAAUGAUUUCAGCUACUCAAUUGAGAAAGUUGAACAUGAAGUUGAUUGAUAUGAAGAAAAAUGUUAAAAGUUUGCCAGAUUAUUCAGAAGAAAAUUCGGAGAAAUUUUAUUUGGAUUAUUUAAAAGAGUGCUGCAUCCAUUACAGCGAUAUUGAAGAAUUUUCAAAAUGUAUUCAAGAUUGUUUCGGCAUAAUUUCCUCCAUCCAAAUGGUCACUGGUUGCAUAUCGAUUUGCAAUACUUUGAUGCUACUGACCUCACUAUCACCAAUAUCCCCAAAAGCUAUAGCUCUGAUUAGCUACACAACUUGUAUGCUGGCCGAAUUGGGAUUGUAUUGUUGGUUUGGGAGUUUCGUUUCCCAUGAGAGUUUAGAAAUCUUAACUUCUUGCUACUUUUCCUCUUGGUACGAAUAUAGUCCAAGAGUGAGAUGUUCUUUGUUUAUUCUAAUGGAAAGAACCAAAAGGCCCAUAGAAGUUAAAGGGUUCAAUUUGAUAAUGUUGUCCCUGGAGACAUUUAUUUCGUCAGCUCUUCUGCAACUAGCUAAAUUAUUAGCAUUACAUUUUACAUAA